UAAGUUUGUUUUAAAUUGUUUUAAAGUGUCAUUUUAUUAAAUCAUUUUAUAAAAUCUGAUACAAAAUUUACUGUGUUAAUUAUAUAUUUUAAAAUGUCUAUGCCUGAAGACAGACUUAUAAGCCAAAUGAUCAUACCAGUGUCGAAAGAAACAUAUUUUAACACAAAAUGGGAGUCAAAGGAGCCUUUAUGUCCUUAUGAUAUGCUCUACCACCCUCCCGACUACAACCCAAAAUCAGCUAGAUCAGAUCGCCAGGAGCCCAAAAUCAUAAAAAAAAAUAUUUGGGAACAAGAAAAGAAAAAAAUGAUACCCACAACUACUCACUUCCAGUUAGGACGCCCAACAAUUAAAAUUGCCGACAUCCCUACAAAACAGUUUGUAAGAGCGCAAGUUAAAAAUGAGAACCCGCACAUGAGAAUCGAUGGUUUAUUGCAAUGGGCCGUGUUGCUGAUCGAAGGAAAACCUAGCUUAUGCGAUCAAUAAAGUACUUCUUCCAAACUAUAAUUUAAUCUGAUGUAAUCUCGUAUUUAGGGUUUUCCUUAUUCGAACUAUGAAUGUUUAUUCUUAUUAAUCAUCAAAAUGAAGAUCGCUUGUUUGGUUGAAUUCGCCAGUCUCAAGAAUCGAAUUAAGUAAAUUUGUUUUUGUUUGAUAGUCCAUUUAUCAUUACGCUAGAAGCCGAGCAUGAAAAAAGUUGCAAAAAACUACCUUACUGAGUGCUAAUAGUACCUGUUACGGAAAUGUUCUUGAAAAGGUUUAAACAAGUCCACGACAGCAUCACUGAAAGUUUACCCACUUAAAAAUUCAUUGUUUAUCAUCAUGUUUCUGAAAUUCCUUCGCAAAUGGAGUUUUCAUAAUUAUGUUAUCUAAAUAAACAUGCUUUUAU